CUGGAUAGCAUCGCAACAAACGUGCUAAUGUGUGAACUUUCGCAAUAACUUUCGCAGUUAGAGAACUGGAGUUGUUUUGUUUGAUGACGUUACGAUGCGGUGUUGAACUUUUUUAUUUUUCCAUUUGGGAUAUUUCUACUUGACUAACUAAAUAUUGCGAUCCAUUUAAUCUGCCAAAAGUGACGUUUAGAGUGAAAUCAAAUCCAGAUUUGACCUUUACAGAAUUCAUUAAUAUCUCAAGAUUUUGAGAAGACAGGCAAGAAAGAGGCCUGUCCGGAACUAGAGCAGUUCUUGUGUCAUGUUGCCAAGACAGGCCAGCCGACGAUCUCGUGGUCACAGUUCAAAACAUACUUUGUGUUUAAGUUGGAAAAAGUCAUGGACGAUUUCCACGCUUCAAUGCCAGAACGGAGAACGCCAAAUAAUCCUAAUGUGGAGUAUGUUCCCUACGAAGAGAUGAAGACGAGGAUCUUAAAAAUAGUGGAUGGUUACAAUGGAAUCCCAUUCACCAUCCAACGUCUGUGUGAACUCCUCACGGACCCCAAGCGCAACUAUAUCGGAACAGAUGAGUUUCUCAUGGGGUUGGAGAAGAAUGUAAUGGUGGUCAGCUGUGUGUACCCCACAUCAGAGAAAAAUGGGGCAUCCAGUGUAAACAGAAUGAAUGGAGUGAUGUUUCCUGGUAACUCUUCUCUAUAUUCAGACAGCCGAAAUAUAAAUGGGCCCGACACACCGAAACCGCUCAACAGGCGAAGGCUGUCGUCGUCGGCUUCGCUUUCCACCAACGGGCUCCCCGACCGCGCAGUCAGUAAAGAGCCAGAGCCAAUCACAGAGGAGGUGGAGGAGCACCAUUUCCGUGAUUCCUCGCCAGCAGAGGGGGAAAUUACUCCAAACAGCGGGAUAAAGAACAAACACCCUGCGGAGGAAGACGAGGAGGAGGAGGAGGAGGAGGAGGAGGAGGAGGAGGAGGAUUCUGAGACUGGCAAGCACGAGGUCAAGAGGCUCAAGUUUGACGAGACGGAAGAGGACGAAGCCGAGUGUGAAGAGGAUGAGUCGUCUUGUCUUAAAGGGCCACGAGGCUCGCCCGAGACGCCGCAGGCUUCAGAAGCCUCUGGGGGUCGAGAGGUCAAACGCGGAGCAUCGCGUGACUCUCGUUCGGCUGCCGAGGACCACGAGCCCAGUUGCACACGGAUGGAACCGUCUGAAAGGGAGGAGGACUUGUCUGAGAGGGGGCGUGUCCACAGUCUGGAGAAGGACAGUCCUGUGGACGAAGCGGAGCAGCCCGCUCCAUCAGAGGGAACCCGGUGUGAGCAGGACAACGAGGAGAGCAGCAGCAGUGACGGAGAAGGUCCACCCGGCGACACGAGGGUCCCCUCUUCCGGUAGUUCACAAGACUCGUCAGCAGAGGGCGACGCUGACAGUCCAAACAGCACAAAGACUGCAACCGAAACAAAACUAUCAUGAAGCCCAGUCUGAAAACUGACUUUCUUUUCCUUUAUUUGUUUACACUGUAUGAAGCCAUGAUAUGGGUAUAUAUCUGUAGCACUGUGGCCCUCUGAACUUCAGGAGCAAUGUGAACCUCGAGAUUCCUCACAAACAGAUCUUUUUGUCCUCUUCAAUUUCAACACCUGGUCUAAACUGGAAGGAAAUUAUUUAAUGAUCUUGGAGACUCCCCUUUUUUUUUUACACUUCACUAAAUCAUUUUCUAAUGUCCCCCCCCCCCCCUCAGAUUUUUAUAUGACGGUUAUAAUUUAACCUUGAUAACUGAUGUAUUCAGUGAUGUCAUUAUUGUUAAGUCCUUUGGCAUGCAUUUCCAAAAAACAGAUCCAUUUUAUAGUUUGAGUUGCGUUUUGGCCCAAGCAUUGUUGUUUUUACAAUUGUUUGAUGAUUGUGCGUCUCUCCUGUUGAAUGAGGACACAAGAAUGUGAAGACACUUCUCUUUGCUAUGACAUAGCUAAAGUAUUUCUUAUUAACAUUAUAUUGCACUUGUUUAUAUUCAACCCUUGACGGAUGUGGAAUAUGUUACAGUUUUGCUUCGUCAAUGUAUGAAGCCAAUAUCAUAUACACACUUUAUUGCCAGUUGUCACCAUUUGUACAAAUGGCCCUUUUGAUAGCUUGGAUUUUUUUUACAGUAGGCCUACGUGUCUGUAAAUCCGUUUUUGUAGACUUGUGAUACUGCCUUCAUAGAACCGAUAACACGCUGGAAACUGAAUGCUUGAGCUUGUAUCAUGUUCACGGAAAGCAAUAAAUGCAACCAAAAAAACCA